AUACAAGUUUCAACAUUAGGUUUUUUAAAGUCACGUUUAGUCUUUUCUCGUGUGGAUUGAUCAUUUAAAAAUUUUCAUAAAAUGUUUUGCACAUCUCUUGUGUUGUGUUUGUGGACUCUGGAUGGUGUGUUUGGUGAUAAAGUGAAGUCAGUGUCAGUGAUGGAGGGAGAUUCUCUUACUCUACAAACUAAUAUUACUGAAAUACAGACAGAAGAUGAGAUCGAGUGGAGGUUUGAAGAAAUCCGCAUCGCCAGAAUCAGAAGAUCACUCAAAAUCAAUCCUACAUAUGAAAAUAAUGAUGAGACUCAGAAAUUCAAAGACAGACUGAAGCUGAACAAUCAGACUGCAGAUCUCAACAUCACAAACAUCAGACCUAAACACACUGGACUUUAUCAACUAUAUAUUAAUAUAGGAAAGAAAGAUGAAGUCAAGAAAUAUUUUUAUGUUACUGUUUAUGCUUCAUUGCCAAUUCCUGUCAUUACCAGCGUCAUAUCACAGUGUUCAAGUUCAAAAUGUUCCUUGUUGUGUUCAGUGUUGAAUGUGAGAGAUGUGAGUCUGUCCUGGUACAAAGGAAACAGUUUAUUGUCCAUCAUCAGUGUGUCUGAUCUCAACAUCAGUAUCUCUCUACCUCUGGAGGUUGAAUAUCAGAAUAACAACACAUACAGCUGUGUGGUGUCCAAUCCAGUCAGCAACAGGACUCAACAUUUCUGUCUUGCUGAUCUCUGUCAGCCGUGUUCAGGUCAGCAGUACCCUGAUUGGCUAAGAUGGGCUGUCACUGGUCUGACAGGUGUGGGUAUAGUGCUUUCUUUGAUUGUUUUGGGUUGUGAAAUCAAAUCCAGAAGAGAUGAACAGAAGAGAAAAUCACAAACAUUAUCAGCAACAUCUGAUGAAUAA